AACCCGCGGGCACCUGGACCAGGAGAGCAGGCUGGAGCAGGGCUGUGGGAUGUCCCCUCUGCGGCUCCUCCUUCUAGGGAAGCACGGUGCGGGAAAGAGUGCCACUGGGAACAGCAUUCUGGGCACCACUGUGUUCAACUCCAAGUUCAGUCCUCGGCUGGUGACUCAGAUGUGCCAGAGAGAGAGUGGGACCAUGAGAGGGAGGGAGGUGGUGGUCAUCGACACCCCUGACCUUUUCUCCUCCAUGGCUUGUGCCGAAACCAAGCAACGCAGUCUGCAACAGUGCUUGGAGCUCUCUGCUCCCGGCCCCCAUGUCCUGCUGCUGGUAAUCCCUAUCGGCCAUUACACGGAGGAGGACAAGGCAACCAUCCAGGGCAUGCUGAGAGUGUUUGGACCUGAAGCCAGCAGGCACGUCAUUAUCAUCUUCACUUGGAAGGAUGAUCUGGGGCAUGACCUGCUGCAGGAUUAUAUUGAAAACGAGUCAUCUCUUAAGGCAUCUUUGGCUCAGCACUUUCUGAGCCGAUACUGCGCUUUCAACAACAAGGCAGGUGAUGGUGAGCGGCACAGCCAGGUGUCCCAGCUCCUCUGUGAGAUCCAGCGUUUGGUGGAUGAGUGUAAAGGACAGUGGGUGGACUUCAAAACUGAGGGUGGCAGAUUCCAGGGAUGUGGUUGCAGCGUAAAAUAUAAGGGAGCUAAUUUGAGUGGCUCAGGAGAGAGACAGCUGCAGGCCACAGGACCCGAGUGGGACCCAGGAAUGUCAGAACUGAGGAUCCUCCUGGUAGGGAAGAGAGGCGCUGGAAAAAGUGCGGCAGGAAACAGCCUUCUGGGGAAGCGGGUCUUUGAGACCCGGUUCAGGGAGCAGUCGGUGACCCAGAGCUUCAGGUCUGAGAGCAGGACGUGGGGAGAGAGGAAAGUCUGCGUCAUCGAUGCUCCAGACCUCUCGUCCUCAGAGGCUUCUGAAUCAGAGCUUAGAAAGCACACCUUUCCAGGCCCCCACGCCUUCCUGCUGGUGACACCGGUGGGCUCCUACGACGAGAAAGAUGUUAAGGUGCUGAAAGCCAUCCAAAGCCAUUUUGGAGAAAAAUGUAUCAAGUACACAAUCCCUCUCCUCACCAGGAAAGAGGAUUUAGAUGAUCAGGAUCUCGAUACGUUCUUAAGAAAUGGAAAUAAACCUGUCUAUGACCUCAUCCAGAACUGUGGGAACGGAUACAGCGCCUUCAACUACCGGGCCACGGGGGAGGAAGAGUGGGGCCAGGUGGACGGGCUCCUGCAGAAGAUCGAAAGGAUGGUACAGCAGAAGAGCAGCAAGCCCUGCGUCUUCAGAGAAAUAGAAACCCUGAGUAUUGUCCUUGUGGGGAGGAGUGGUACUGGCAAGAGCGCGACUGGGAACACCAUCUUGGGGAAACCCAUCUUUUUCUCUCAGCUCCAAGCCCAGCCAGUCACCAAGGCUUGUCAGAGUGGCAGAAGAACGCUGGACUGGCAAGAUAUUGUGGUUGUAGACACGCCAUCAUUCUCCCAGAUAUCUGGUAUUGAAAAGGAUCCAUCCUGGUUAAAGAAGGAGGUCGAACACUGUUGGUCCCUCUGUGAAAAAGGAACCAAGAUUCUGGUCCUCGUGUUCCAGCUGGGGCGGUUCACUCAGCAGGACAAAAUGGCAGCGAAGGAUCUGGAGGCCAUCUUUGGAAAGGAUGUCAUGGAAUACACCAUUGUGCUGUUCACCCGGAAGGAGGAUCUUGGGGGCGAGGAGCUUGAAGAGUACGUCAAGAACACAGAUAACAAAGACCUUAAGAAUAUAAUUAAAAACUGUAAGGGGCGGGUUUGUGCCUUUAAUAACAAAGAGACUGACGAAGCCCAAGUGGCCCAGGUGAAAACUCUUUUGGCAAUGGCCAAUAAGCUGAGAGAGAGCCUCAGAAGCAAUGGAUAUCCCCAAAUCGAUGCCAGCCAGGAAGAGAAGAAUCCCAAAAGUCGACUACGGAAUAUAAGAGGCAUGUUUAGUACUGAAAGGCUGGGAUCCCUUCAGAUAGGAACCCAGUUGCUGGGUGGGUUCAGUAGGACUGGUGGAUAUGGGGUGGCUCAAGGGCUUUGAGGUUUGAGAGGCAAAAGCACUCCACCUUGUGAUGCUGUGGCUUUGUAGGUGAAUAAAUCGUCAAGCUGGGGCAGGAAACACGGGAUUGUAAGUGGAAAGAGGGAAGAGGUGGAGGAAUCUGCAAAAUCUGAACACCAUCAGGCCAGUAUAAAGGGUCAGAACCAGAAUCACCUCACCAAUGUAGGUAGGAUGGAGUCAGGAUGGACACUGUGACCAAGGCCCAGGCCAACAUGGGGUGAAUACGGAGAGUUCCACAGGAACCUGGGCUUCCAGAUGUCUAGAGCAGGGCAGGGUCCAUCACAUCCCUGAGCAGGGCGCACUCCAGCAGGCCGCGGUGUGGCUCAGUCUGUCUGCCCGACCCACUUGCUCCCUGGCCCUGCUGUGUCCCCUGGACUGGGACUCAGGGCUAGGACUUAGGGACUUAGUUCCUUUACUCACACAGGAGCUGUUUCUUAGUGCUCUCCUCAUUCUAGGUGAAAAGAGGGACACUCUCCCCUCCUUCCUGUCCUGAGGAGAUGAGUCUUUGAGGUUUCAGGAGAGUCUAUUCUAAACAUCACAGUGAAAUAGAUCAGAGUAAAAAUCAGAAGCAUGGUAAUACUGCCCAAAUUAGAGAAUCUUACAAAGUUCUAAAAUUCUAACUUAGAUUUCUUGUACAGAAAGCAAUUGAAAACUCUUUGAGGCUUAGGAGAUAGAUUAAAACCCACAAAACCCAAAUAAUAAUGAUUUAAGCAUAUCAGGGGCUUCUUGUCCAUAUGGAGAAAUCCAGGAAUGAGCAGGGUGGGGCUGAUGGGCACCCACUGUCCAGCUUCACUCCUUCUGUCCAGCCUCCUGGGUGUCCACACUUGCCUUUGGGUUCCAUGACGGUGGUGUUGUAGCCACGGCUGAACAGGUGAGCCAUGUAUGAGAUGAGAAAUGUGGAAACUUCUCCCAGGUAGAUAGGGUCAGAUGUUCUCAAUUAACCCCUUUAUUCAUUCCUCCACCCCUGGAUCAUGUCGCCUGCCUCCUCAUGAUAAUAUUAGAUCACCUUCAAGGUUAACCUGUUUAUAAGAGCAUGGACUGUCACCAUUAAUACUGUGGAUUCCACAUACCUCUAAAUAUGAUAACUUCUAGAAAAUGUAAAUAU